CGGCGCCGCUCGCUCGGCGCCGCUACUCGGGGGCGGGCAGGGCGGAGAGCGGGGCCGGGCGGCGGGGCCCGCCGAGCCGCUGGGGGAAAUAUUUACUUGUCUCUUUCCAGUGUUGAAAUAGAAGCUGAGAAGCAGAAAACAUGCUGGAAACAAUUGAUACACAUCAGGCCCUCCAGGCCAUGGAGCGCUUACAGGCAAAACUUCGGGAUCGAGGUGACAUUGCAAAUGAGGAGAAACUGAGCCUAUUAAAAUCGGUGCUGCAGAGUCCUCUCUUUAAUCAAAUUCUGAGCCUUCAGACUUCUGUUCAACAAUUGAGAGAUCAGGUGAAUAUUACACCUUCCAUACAUUCCAGUGGUGAAUUCCCUCAGCUUCUCCAUCAUGGUGUGAAUGUGGGGUCCUUGACACUUAAUGAGUCAUAUUUGUUGGCUCAGCAGAAUGGCAGCCCAGCUAAUGCAUUAGAAGCAUCAGUGAGAUCCAUUACUCCUCAGAUUAAUGGGAAAUUCUCUAGUGAUGACUUUGAGCAGCUGAUCAGAAACAUGUCCCAGGGUCGUCUUGUUGAGACAAUUGACCUUGUUAAACCUCUAAGUGGUGGUCUGGGCUUCAGCGUUGUGGGACUCAAGAGUGAAAACAGGGGAGAGCUAGGAAUAUUUGUGCAAGAAAUCCAGGAGGGAAGUGUGGCACAUAGAGAUGGAAAGCUGAAGGAAGCAGAUCAAAUCCUUGCUAUUAAUGGACAAGCUCUUGAUCAGACAAUUACACAUCAACAAGCUAUCAGCAUUUUGCAGAAAGCAAAAGAUAAUGUCCAGCUAGUUGUGGCUAGAGGCACUUUUCCUCAGCUCAUCAGUCCUGUAGUUUCCCGGUCUCCAUCUGCUGCUAGCACAGUUUCAGCCCAUUCCAACCCGGUUCACUGGCAGCAUGUGGAGACCAUAGAGUUGGUGAAUGAUGGCUCAGGUCUGGGAUUUGGGAUAGUGGGAGGGAAGUCAACUGGAGUGAUUGUUAAAACCAUCCUCCCAGGAGGGGUGGCUGAUCAGCAUGGAAGACUGUGUAGUGGUGAUCACAUCUUGAAAAUUGGUGAUACAGACCUAGCUGGAAUGAGCAGUGAGCAGGUGGCACAAGUUCUAAGGCAGUGUGGAAAUAGAGUGAAACUGGUAAUUGCAAGAGGUCCUGUUGAGGAGCCACUUCUACCAGCUGUUCCUCCAGGUACACCAGUACCCACCUCUACACCAGAGAAACAGGAUGAUGCUUCUAUUGAUAGCUGUGAAGAUGGGGAGAAAUUCAAUGUUGAACUCACUAAAAACAACCAGGGUUUAGGAAUAACUAUUGCUGGUUACAUUGGAGACAAGAUAUCAGAGCCUUCUGGUAUCUUUGUGAAAAGUAUUACAAAAGGCAGUGCUGUUGAACAUGAUGGCAGAAUCCAUGUGGGAGAUCAAAUUAUAGUUGUGGAUGGAAAAAAUCUUCAGGGUUUUACUAACCAGCAAGCAGUUGACGUUUUGCGGCACACAGGACAAACGGUUCAGCUCACUUUGAUCAGAAGGGGUCUUAAGCAGGAAAAUCGUAUUCCACCCCAGGAAGACUUCAGUACUCCUGUUGAAAAGGACUUACUAUUCCAAGCAAUGGAUAGUACCAGAGCCAAAGAUAACAAUGAAACAGAACAGGGAUCUCCAUCACUGCCGUGCAGUGCCAGAGUGGUAAAUAUUGGAGAUGACAUGAAACAACAGGAAACAGGUUCUCAAGAUUUCCAGCUAACUAAUACAGAAGAAGCAGCUGCAAAGAUAAAAUGGCAGAGGAUUAUGGGUUCGAAUUAUGAAAUAGUGGUGGCUGUGGUUAACAAAUUUAGUGAAAGCAGUGGGUUGGGCAUAAGCCUUGAAGCUACAGUGGGUCAUCAUUUCAUCAGAUCUAUCUUACCCGAAGGGCCAGUUGGACGAAGUGGCAAGCUGUUCAGUGGAGAUGAGCUGCUGGAAGUGAAUGAGAUCUCUCUGCUUGGAGAAAACCACAAGGAUGUGGUCAGUAUCUUGAAAGAGCUGCCUAUUAAGGUGACAAUGGUGUGCUGUCGUCCAGUAGCUCCACCUGUCACUCAACCAGAAAUACUUGAGAGUCUAAGCCUUUCUGAAGUUCAGCUUACAGAAAAGAGUCAUGUAGAACUUGGAUUCAUUGGCUCCUCAGACACAGAAGGAACAGCUCUGGAAACAGCUGAUGAGGGUCAGAGUAUGGAAGAGGUGCAGAGCUCGUCUUUGGCAAUGUGGGAAACAGAAGUACAGUGCAUUGAGCUGGAGAAAGGGAGUAUGGGGCUUGGAUUUAGCAUCUUGGACUAUCAGGAUCCUGUUGAUCCAGCAAACACUGUAAUUGUGAUUCGCUCAUUAGUUCCUGGGGGUGUGGCUGAGCAAGAUGGCAGACUUCUUCCUGGAGAUCGGCUUAUGUUUGUCAACGAUGUCAACUUGGAAAAUGGCAGUCUGGAGGAAGCAGUGCAAGCACUGAAAGGAGCCCCAACAGGAACAGUUAAAAUAGGAGUUGCCAAACCAUUGCCUCUUUCACCUGAGGAGGGCUAUGUCUCUGCUAAGGAAGAUUGCUUUUUCUACACUGCCCAGUCACUUGAGGAGGAGGGGCCAGCUGAUGCAGCCCUCUUCCAUGCUGAGCUGGCUCUGGUGGACUCUGGCGAGGCAGAUCUAGCGGAUGAGUCCACCUUUGAAUCACAGUAUUCUCUAGAGAGAGACGUCUUCCAGGAUUCAGUGACAGCUCUGCAUGGCAGUGCCUGUAGCGGUGAGGUGAACAACAGCUUCUCUCUUCCAUUAUCAACUCCAAAGUCUGUUGGAGAGGAAUGCCCAAAUGCUGCAGCUGAUUUCCAUGUAUCUGAGAAGAAUCUGUACAACAUGAAUCUGAAUCAGAGACUGAGAGAUGAAAAGUCUGUAGCGGACAGUAGCCUGGAAACUGCAAAUGAUUUUACUAAUACAGAUCUUCUGACUCUGGAGGUUUCGGAUAUCAACCAAAAUGAAAGUGAAAAUGCAGCAACGUGGACUGGAUGUCAGACAGCAUCAGAAAUUGUACUAAACACAAGCCUUGCUACCACCACACAGCUUGAUCCCAAUGAAAAAGAUCAAUUGCUUUUAAUGGAAAAGAGAUGCCCACUAUCUUUGGAGGGAAGUUCCACACUCUCAAAUUCAGUCAAAAACAUGUAUGAGAAGACUAUCAGUAUUGCAAAAGGCAAUUCAAGCCUAGGGAUGACAGUAAGUUCCAAUAAAGAUGGUUUGGGAAUGAUAGUUCGCAGUGUUAUCCAUGGAGGCUCAAUAAGUCGUGAUGGACGGAUUGGUGUGGGGGACUGCAUCCUGUCCAUUAAUGAAGAGUCAACCACUAACUUAACCAAUGCACAAGCCCGGGCUAUGCUGAGACGACAUUCACUCAUUGGACCAGACAUAAAAUCUUCUCCAGCACCUGCUGAUGAUCAGGCCCUCUGUUAUGUUAUUACGUAUGUGCCAGCAGAAAAUUUAGACGAGUACAGAGCCAGUUUGGGACAACAGACAGAGGGAGCUGUGCCACUUGAACUUUUUCCUUCACAUGUUGUCAGGGAACUCCCAGAGCUUCCAGAACGUGAAGAGGGGGAGGGAGAAGAAAGUGAACUUCAAAAUGCGGCUUUCAGUAACUGGAACCAGCCCAGAAAGGUCGAACUCUGGAGAGAGCCUAGCAAGUCAUUGGGGAUCAGUAUUGUUGGAGGACGAGGGAUGGGAAGCCGCCUGAGUAAUGGAGAAGUGAUGAGAGGGAUCUUUAUCAAACACAUUCUGGAAGACAGUCCAGCUGGCAAAAAUGGAACACUGAAAACUGGAGAUCGAAUUGUAGAGGUGGAUGGAAUUGACCUCAGAGAUGCCAGCCACGAACAAGCUGUGGAAGCCAUACGGAAGGCAGGCAAUCCUGUAGUCUUUAUGGUACAGAGCAUUAUAAGCAGACCAAGGAACCCUUCCCUACCUUUCCCGCAGAACAGUGUUUUCAGUAGGACAGCUAUCUUCAGCAGCACUAACCCAUUUGCUGAUUCUUCUCAGUUCAACACUGCUAAGGCAUUUGGUCAGUCUGAUACAGAGCCAGAAAAGACUUUGCUUAGUAACGUGCCUCCUUCAGCAUUUUCAGGAAUGACCUGUGAUGUUGCGCAGUCAUCAUCUAUAAGACUCCCAGAAGAUGUGGAGAAGGAGGAUGAGUUCGGUUACAGCUGGAAAAAGAUCAUGCAGCGCUAUGGAAAUCUACCAGGAGAGCUACACAUGAUUGAACUGGAAAAAGGAAAGACAGGUCUGGGACUUAGUCUUGCUGGUAACAAAGACCGAUCCAGGAUGAGUGUCUUUAUAGUGGGAAUUGAUCCAAAUGGAGCAGCUGGAAAAGAUGGCAGGUUGCAGAUUGCAGAUGAGUUGCUAGAGAUAAAUGGUCAAAUUCUUUAUGGAAGGACUCAUCAGAAUGCUUCUUCAAUAAUCAAAUGUGCACCAUCUAAAGUUAAAGUAAUCUUUAUCAGAAACAAAGAUGCAGUAAAUCAGAUGGCUGUUUGCCCUGCAAAGUCAGUAGAGGCUUCACAGAGUACUUCAGGGACACUUCAACAUCAAGAGAUUGAUAUCAGUGUUGCGAACCCGAGUGCAUUUUCUGACUUGAGUUCAUGUAAAAAUAUUCUGUAUGUGGAACUUCCUAAGGAUCAAGGAGGCUUUGGAAUUGCCAUUAGUGAAGAAGACACAACUAAUGGAGUAGUUAUUAAAAGCUUAACAGAUCAUGGUGCAGCUGCAAAGGAUGGACGUAUCAAAGUUGGAGAUGUGAUUCUGGCAGUGGAUGAUGAAAUUGUUGUGGGGUAUCCUGUAGAAAAGUUUAUUAGUCUCCUGAAGACAUCCAAAUCUGUGGUGAGGCUUACAAUCAAUCCAGCAGAAGCAGAUAACCUGACUACAGCACCAGCCCCUCCCAGCACUGUCCCAGCAGAGAAGAGGAAUAUGCAACCACCAGCAGCUGUCCCCACUUCCAGCUCACCGGAACCAGAAGCAGUCAAAAACACAAGCAGGUCUUCAACUCCAGCCAUGUUAACCUCUGACCCAGCUACUUGUCCCAUCAUUCCUGGAUGUGAAACAACCAUUGAUAUCUCCAAAGGGCGGACUGGUCUUGGUCUGAGCAUUGUUGGAGGAGCAGACACUUUGCUGGGCGCAAUCAUUAUCCAUGAAGUAUAUGAAGAAGGAGCAGCAUCUAAAGAUGGACGACUGUGGGCUGGUGAUCAGAUACUAGAGGUGAACGGAAUUGACCUCAGGAAUGCCACACAUGAUGAAGCCAUUAAUGUCCUCCGACAGACACCCCAAAAAGUUCGUCUGACUGUAUACAGAGAUGAAGCCCAGUACAAGGAGGAAGACAUGUAUGAUGUGCUGAAUAUAGAGCUCCAGAAGAAGCCUGGUAAAGGCCUUGGGCUGAGUAUUGUUGGGAAAAGAAAUGACACAGGUGUGUUUGUAUCAGACAUCGUAAAAGGAGGAAUAGCAGAUACAGAUGGGAGAUUGAUGCAAGGAGACCAGAUAUUAACAGUGAAUGGAGAAGACGUCCGAAACGCUAACCAGGAGGCUGUUGCAGCUUUGCUAAAGUGUUCCUUAGGUACAGUAAGACUAGAGGUUGGAAGAAUAAAAGCUGGACCUUUUCACUCUGAGAGAAGAACAUCCCAAAGCAGCCAGGUCAGUGAGGGAAGCGGCAGUCUCUCAUCGUUCAGUUUCCCAGUUGCUGGGCCCGGUGCACCUGAGGUCUUUGAAAGUGGCCUAAAGAAGAAUACCACAGCUUCUGAAAUACAGGGACUAAGAACAGUUGAAAUAAAAAAGAGCCCUACAGAUUCACUCGGAGUGAGCAUUGCUGGAGGUGUAGGAAGUGCUCUUGGAGAUGUUCCUAUAUUUAUUGCCAUGAUGCACCCAAAUGGAGUUGCAGCUCAGACUCAGAAAUUAAGAGUUGGGGACAGGAUUGUUAGCAUCUGUGGAACAUCUACCGAGGGCAUGACUCAUUCCCAAGCUGUUAAUAUCUUAAAAAAUGCUUCAGGCACUAUUGAGCUGCAGGUUGUAGCUGGAGGAGAAGUGAGUGUCAUAACUGGUCAGCAGCAGGAUCCACCUACGUCCAGUCUUUCAUUUGCAGGACUAACUUCAACUGGCAUUUUUCAGGAUGAUUUAGGACCUCCUCAGUACAAGACCAUUACUCUGGACAGAGGACCUGAUGGCCUUGGCUUUAGUAUUGUGGGUGGCUAUGGCAGUCCCCAUGGAGACUUACCCAUUUAUGUGAAGACAGUGUUUGCAAAGGGUGCAGCAGCAGAAGAUGGACGCCUCAAGAGGGGGGAUCAAAUCAUUGCUGUGAAUGGGCAGAGUUUAGAAGGGGUGACCCAUGAGGAAGCAGUUGCUAUUCUGAAAAGGACAAAAGGAACAGUCACUUUGACUGUAUUGUCAUGAGCUGACUGCCAGACUGUUAUGGUCAAUAAUACAAUAUUGUCUACUUUCCACAUAGUAAGGAGAAUGGAAAUGUUUAUGUAGUCUUCUUGCUCUUUCAGCUUCACAGGACUGUGUUACAACACUGAAAAAAGUAACAUUUAACCAUAUUUUUGUAUACAUUAGAAGUGCUUCUCUUUCUGACAAACCACUGGGAUGAAGUUAUGUUAACUAUGGAAACACACGGAUAUUUUUCCUAUUAGCGAGUCACUAUGAAAAAAGGAAAGUUUUCAUGAAUAACUGCACAAGAAAAUGGAAAUGUUUUGGUAAGAGACUUUGGAUAUUUGAAUAAUGUUGGAAAAAUUACAAAUUCACCAAGUCAGCAAGGGAGUUGCAUGGGUAGUAGUCAUCAAAAAACAGGAAUAAGGUUAUUGAAGAAAAAAUAUUACUCAAACAGAGAUUUGGGAGAUAAGGGGAAAAGUCUGUAAUCUGGAGGCAGAUGGUUAACAGACUAGAUGGUUCUUUGGAAUUAGAUGAUUUUUAUGAUUCCUUUCAACCCAAACUGUUCAAUGACCAUAUUAUUUCACAAUGCUCAAGUAGAAGGAGUUAGGUUGGUGACAUGGCUGGAUUAUUUUGAUUGUCUUUUUGUGCUUUUAAAUUUACUAGUGUCAUGGUGUAUCUUAAAAAAAAAAAAAAAAAAAGAA